AUGGCAGCGAAAUCCGAUGGUCGCGGGGUCGUCACCGGUUUCGCCCAGCUGCACAACCUGGAUGAGGUGGUGGGGACCGGCGAGUGCGACCCGCGAGGAGGAAGCUCCUUCCACAUCUGCCACUGCUGCAACACUUCAUCGUGCUACUGGGGCUGCCGGAGCGCCUGUCUGCAUUACCUCCGGGGAAAGGGGAAGGAGAGAGAUGCGGCGCGACCGCCGCAGGAGGAGCGCCUAUGGUUGGACUGCUUGUGGAUUGUCCUGGCCCUGUUGGUCUUUUUUUGGGACGUGGGGACUGACUUGUGGCUGGCCAUCGAUUACUACCAUAAGCAGGACUACCUCUGGUCCGGACUGACCCUGUUCUUCGUGCUUGUCCCCUCGGUUCUGGUCCAGAUCCUUAGCUUCAGGUGGUUCGUGCAGGAUUACACCGGGGGUGGACUGGGCUCCGUAGAGGGAUUGAGUAGCCGGAGAGCCACGGCUACCUUCGGAAACCAGAGAGACAGAUGCUGUCUCCUCUCCGUUUGGGUCUGGCAGACAGUCAUCCACAUCUUUCAGAUGGGGCAAGUUUGGAGGUACAUCCGCACCAUGUAUCUGGGCAUUCAGAGCCAUCGUCAGAAGGAGAACCAGCGUCGAUUCUACUGGGCCAUGAUGUACGAGUAUGCGGACGUCAACAUGCUGCGCCUGCUGGAGGCCUUCCUGGAGAGUGCGCCCCAGCUGGUGCUGCAGCUCUGCAUCAUGAUUCAGAGGAACAGGACGGAGAGGCUGCAAUGUGUCUCUGCCGUAUCCUCGCUCCUGUCCCUGGCCUGGGUGCUGGCUUCUUACCACAAGCUGCUACGAGACUCACGUGACGACAAGAAGAGUAUGAGCUACCGUGGCGCCCUCGUGCAUCUAUUCUGGCGCCUGUUCACCAUCUCCUCACGGGUGCUCUCCUUUGCCCUCUUCGCUUCCGUGUUCCACCUCUACUUUGGCAUCUUCGUGGUACUGCACUGGUGUGCCAUGGCCUUCUGGGUGAUCCACGGCGGCACCGACUUCUGCAUGUCCAAGUGGGAGGAGGUGCUGUUCAACAUGGUGGUAGGCGUGGUCUACGUCUUCUGCUGGUUCAACGUACGCGAGGGCCGGACGCGCUACCGCAUGGUGGCCUACUACACAGUGGUGCUGCUGGAGAACGCCUUGCUGAGUGUCCUUUGGUAUGCCUACCGCGACCCGGCCACCACCGACGCCUACGCCUCCUCUGCGCUCUGCGGGGUCUUCCUGUGCUUUGCCUCUGGCGUAGCCUGCAUGGUCCUCUACUACGGGGUUCUGCACCCUAUGGGCCCCCGGCUGAGGGUGCUAGCCAGCUCCUGCUGUGCCGAGCUGCUGUGGGGCCUUCCUUUACCCCCGGAGGCUGAGCCCAUGGCCCCCACGCCCGGGCCCCGGGGGUCCCAGGCCACCCCUACUAGGGGCUUUGCUGGGGACUACAUAGAAUCGGACGAUGCAGCCACAGACACGUGUCUGCCUGUGUUCCAGGUGAGAUCUACAGAGCCAGUGGAUGCAACUGGCCGGCCUAUCCGGCCAGAGGGGCCGCUCAUUAAGAUAGACAUGCCCAGGAAGCGCUACCCGGCCUGGGACGCCCACUUUGUGGAUCGCCGUCUCCGCAGGACCAUAAACGUGCUGCAGUACAUCAGCCCCAACGCGGUGGGGAUCAGGUAUAGAGACGGGCCGCUCCUCUAUGAACUCCUGCAGUACGAGUCCUCCCUUUGAAGGCAUUCUGUCUCCCUCACUCUAUCACACACACACACGCUCAUCCUCACUCUCUCUAGACCAUUCUGUUCUUCCUCUCUCUGGAUUCAAACUCCUCCAUUUGGUGCUUUUCUCUCACUCUUGAUUAUGAACUUUUUCAUCCAGGACGUGUGUAUGAGUGUACAUGUGUGU